CAAUUGUUCAUAAAUUAUUCUUAGUUUUUUUACGUUGGGAAUGGUCAAAUCCCGUUCUCUUGAAACCACUUGACAACGCAAAUCUAGGCUUUCGAGCAUGGGAUCCAUAAAUACAUUACGCCAGCUUAUCCACAAAUGAAUUCGACAUUCAAUGUGUCGUCAUCAACAAAAAAGGUUAUUCAAAUGGAAUUGGAACGUGGACAUGGCAUUACUGAAGAAGUUAUGAUGAAAAAAGCUACAUGGGAUAAACUAUUCGAAGAACUAAACUUCUUUCGCAAAUAUCGACAUUUUCUUGUGGUUUUGGUGGGCUCACAAACGGCAGAGGAUCAUUUAGCGUGGCGUGGUUUCAUUGAAUCAAAAGUUCGUGAUUUGGUUGGAUAUUUAGAUGAACAUCUAAAACUUAAAUUGGCACAUGAAAAUCCAAAAUGUUUUGAUCGUCAAGAGACGCAAAACACAAUAACCGAUGCAGAUCAUCAUUUGAUCAUCGCACCAUACUGUUCGAUGUGGUUUAUUGGUAUGAUGUUUACCGAAAAGGAAAAUUUAAAUGUCGAUCUUCAAGAAAUAAAAUACAAACAAGGAGUCAUAAUUAAUCUUUUAAAAUGUAAAACUGAUUAA